CGGCCUGGGCUAAAGGUACACAUCCGCCCUUUUUGAAUGGAAGUGAAGCCACUUCCGGGCCCUAUGUCGGUCUCCACAGUCUUUUUCCGGGUGGUGAAAGCGGGUGCCCCGGAUGUAAUACCGGCGAAAGCAUCUUUCCUUUUCUUCCCCGCCUAACCCUGGGUUCCUAGGUGAGCGCCGGCGGCUGGAGGAAAUCGACAGCCAGUCAUGCCAAAGAGGAAAGUGACUUUUCAGGGUGUUGGAGAUGAGGAUGAUGAAGAUGAAAUCAGUGUUCCCAAAAAGAAGCUGGUGGACCCUGUGGCUGGAGCAGGUGGUCCUGGGAGCCGCUUCAAAGGCAAACACUCUUUAGACAGUGAUGAAGAGGAUGAUGAUGAGGAGGGGUCCAGCAAAUAUGAUAUUCUGGCCUCAGAGGAUGUAGAAGGUCAGGAAGCAGCUACUCUCCCUAGUGAGGGGGGUGUGAGGAUCACACCCUUCAACCUGCAGGAAGAGAUGGAGGAAGGCCACUUUGAUGCUGAUGGCAACUACUUCCUGAACCAGGAUGCGCAGAUCCGAGACAGCUGGCUGGACAACAUUGACUGGGUGAGGAUCAAGGAACGGCCACUCGAUAAGCAGCAGGUUUCAGACUCAGAGGAGGAAGACAGCCUGGGCCAGACUCCAAUGAGUGCCCAAGCACUCUUGGAGGGACUUUUGGAGUUGCUAUUGCCAAGAGAGACAGUGGCUGGGGCACUUAGGCGGCUGGGGGCCCGAGGAGGAGGCAAAGGGAACAACAGCAAGGGGACUGGACGGCCCAAUUCCCCCCAGCGUCUAGACCGGCUAUCUGGGUUAGCUGAUCAAAUGGUGGCUCGAGGCAACCUUGGUGUAUACCAGGAAACAAGGGAACGGUUAGCUAUGCGACUGAAGGGUUUGGGGUGUCGGACCCAGGGAUCCCAUGACCCCACACCUCCGCCCUCCCUGGACAUGUUUGCUGAGGAAGUAGCAGAGGGUGAACUGGAAACCCCAACCGCUACCCAUAGAGAAGAGGCAGAGUCAGCAGGAGAUGGUCUGAUGGAUGUGAUGUGGGAGUAUAAAUGGGAGAACACAGGGGAUGCUGAGCUGUAUGGACCCUUCACCAGUGCCCAGAUGCAGACCUGGGUGAGCGAAGGUUACUUCCCAGAUGGUGUUUAUUGCCGGAAGCUGGACCCUCCAGGUGGUCAGUUCUACAAUUCCAAGCGCAUUGAUUUUGAUCUCUACACAUGAGCCUGCUAAGGGCCCAGUAUGGCAGCCCCUUCUUUCUUGGACUUGGCAGAGGAGGCUCCAGCUGCCUUGGGCAGUGAGGAUAUUGGAGGCCACUAAAAGCCAUUGUCUGUUUCCCAAUAAAAGCCUUGACUGUGCUGAUGGCCAAGA